CCCUCUGCGUUUGGGCUUCUCUGCUUUUGUGCAGUUUCUCUCUGCCGCUUAUUGGCACGUUAUCUGAGGAUUUCUCAACUUCUCUAGUUUUGCUAGUUUAUUUUUAGGGUUCGUGUGUUGUUGUUGCUGGGGUGUGAUGGGUGUGUCAUUGAGCGUGAUUUGGAGAAUCUGAAUUUCGGGGAAGAGGAGGAGGAAGCUUUCACGAUUACGCCUCAAGGAACCGCGUCUCCAAUCUCCUUUGAUUUAUGCUUGGUGGGGAGAUUCCGUACCGUGAACACAAUUAAUUUUCAGGCAAUGAGGCGGAAAACGUUUGGCAUCCGAUUGGCAGUAUUUCUAUUUCUGAAUUGGGGGUGGAUCGUUAUUUAUUUCGCCUUUAUCAUGAGGUGGAUGUUGAUCGGUUGUUUCUGAAGGUCUGUGGUAUUUUAGCUCCCACUUAUUAAUUUUGCAUCAUUUGGGGGUGGGCGAUGAUCCUCGUUUCGUGGCCCUUGAUGUGGUGGAUUAUUGGGUGUGGUGAAUGACUUGCUUUUUAGUUUCCAUGGGCUAUCGUGGUAGUUUGCGCAUUCGUGUGGGGUUGGGUAUUCGAAAACCUUUGAAGAGGAAAAAGAAAUUGGCAUUACCGAAUGAUACGUUUACUUACGCUACGUUUCAAUAUGAGAAACUAAGGCUCUAUUGUUUUUUAUGCGGCAAGUUGGGGCAUGGUGAGAAUUAUUGCCCAAUGCGCAUUCUCCGUGAGAAAGGUGAUCUUAUUCCGCAAUGGUACUCAACUCUUAAGGCCCUCGUACGAAGGCGAGGUCAACAAACGAGUAGAUGGUUACGAGAAGACAAAUUGGAUGAUUCUACUGCUCGAGUUUCGACUAGGAAAGAGGUUGGUUCGACUUUAGGGGGUGCAGUCACUAGGACGAACGAAAGAAUGGGUUGAACGUACGUUUCGACAUUCAGGGGGCAACAACCUUGUUGUCAAUGGUUCGGAUAUUGUGAUGACCUCGGUGGAGGAGGCAAAUCCUUUGCAUAAACAGGACAGUGUGAAAAGAAAACGGAGUACUCCAGAGACCCCGAUUUUGCAAACGAAAAAUUUAUCUGGUAACCUUGAGAUAUCGACAGGCUUGUGUUCCCAGGCCAGCCGGAUGCAAUGAAGAUCCUUAACUGGAACGUCCGUGGCUUAAGGAAGCUUUGGGCCGCGGGGCAUCUCCGGCAUGUGCUGAGAGACGUCAACUCGUCUGUAGUUUUCUUGAUAGAAUGGAAGGUGUGAGAAGGAAGUGCGGUUACGUUCAUGGAAUUGAUGUUAAUUGCCGCGGAAAUUGCGGUGGUUUGAGCUUAGCAUGAUGUGGUGACUGUGAUGUUUGAUUACAUUCCUUUUCGGACAAUCAUAUUGAUGCUCUUAUAUCGUGUGUGGAGGAUGGUAUCACGUGGCGCUGUACUAGUUUCUAUGGGGCUCCGGAAGAGCAGCGUCGCAGUGAGUCUUGGAAUUUAUAUUGAUCAUGAUCUGUCGUGGCUGGUUAUUGGGGAUUUCAAUGAAAUCCUUUAUUCGGCAGAGAAGGUAGGUGGGUUGGAUCGUAGUGUUCGUCAGAUGGAUUUCAAUGAAA